UAUUGACUUCAUUAAGUACUUUAAAUUGUUUCUAAUUGAAUAAAUCCAUAUAAUUUUUUUCAAAAAUAUUAUAACUUCCAUUAAAAGAAUUUUUUUAAGCUUCAAAUAUGUUUAAAAAUAAAACUGUUUUAUUACUCUUCGUUAUUUAUAUAACAAUUGCAUUUGCAGUUCCAACAAAUAUUGUAGAAUAUAACAACAGCGAAGUCUGUACAAAUGACGCCAAUUAUGAAAAUGAACAAAGAAAUAAGUAUUUUCCAGAAGGCCACAUGAAUGCCAAAAUAAUGCAUGAUUACAUAACAAAAUUCUUAACUAAUAUUACCAGAGGUAUUACUGAAAAGGAUUGUCAAGAUUUUAUCGAUCGUUUCGCAAGUAAUCCAGACAAAGGACUUACACAAAAAGAAUAUCUUGAUGUGAAUAUGGAGAUUUCAAACUGGAUGCAUCCAGUAGUAAAAUAAUAAGAUAAAAAUUAAUUUAAUUUUUGAAAAAUUUGUUUUCAUUAAUUUUUAAUUCAGUAUAAAUUGAAUGUAUUAAAUAAAAUAUAUAUUUUUAGUUUUUGUUAUAUUCUCUUAUAAUAAAUGAAAAAUCAUGUUACAAAAUUAUCAUAA